AUGACUACAAAGAAUGCUCCCACGCAUGUGCUUUCCGCAUAUCGCAAUCAAAUUGCUACAACACGACCCAACCAGGUUAAGUGGGAGCCAUAUGGACAUGACUUAAGCCACCUUCCUCCUAGUUUUUGCAUUGAAGGAAGUAGCGUAUGGAGGUCGACCGUUCCACUUAUAUGUUUUUGGCUUGUAGAGUUCCACCUACCCGAUCGUGUCCUACGACAGUUUGGGCUACAACAGGAACAACCCAGAGAUGCUAAUACCAAUCGCGAUUUGCACAAAAUAGAUGCGAGGGGCAAGGUAGAGAAAAAUUGGUCGAUGAUACAUGCAGUCCAUAUUCAGAAGUGGAAUGAUCGUGACGAGUACGUUUGUAAUGCACUCCGGAUGGAGGGGGUGAUGUCACGUCAUCAUCCAUAUAUGGUGUGGUAUCGUAGGAUCACUCGACUGUAUAUCGACCGUGCUAGCGCUAAGAUGGAAAUUUUGCUUGCAAUCCAACUGGCUAUCCUCAACUGGUUUAGUGAAGAAUCUUACGAAUACAAGUUCAUUAAGAAGGCCCUUGAGGAGGUGGAUGAGGUUGAUCGUAUUGAUGUGCCAGUCAAUGACGAAGUAGCAAACCAUACUGAAAUACCAGAUAUAGGGCCCAGUACGAGCUCAGUUGCUCCAGUGACAUGUCAUCAACCUGCCCCCACCCCUCCUUUGGCCACUGAGACCCCUGUUCCACCCGUGUCCACCCCUCAGGGCACAACCGGGCCUCCCAUGCCACCCAUCCCUCCCAUUGACAUUGGAUCUCCCUCGCGUUUUACCCAUACUGAAUUCGAGUCCUUCCCACACACCACCACCGUUGACCACAACUCACCCAUGGCCCCGUCCUAUAGCUCCCCCCAGACAGUUAUACCCACCCCUAGCCUUCAAACACCCCAUGUUGAGUUCAUGUCUACCAGCCCAAGUCAUACACAAUCACCUCAUACUUCCUCUACCUUGAUACAUGUUCCACAAGCCACGCAUCCACAUGAUAGUGACAUUGAGCAGGGGCAACGUGACCAAGUUGAGCAGCCACAGGAUGCAAAUGCUCAUGCUGCACCCAAACAGAAAUCGACUCGCACCAUCCAACCAAGGAGAUGCGGCACAGGUUCCCAUCUGGUAACUGAGCAUGUUCCGGCCAAGCAGUACACUAGACGCAACCAGAAAAAAAGUAAACGCGGGGAGGGUGCAGCCUAAUAUGUUAAAAUCCUAUAAGGGCUGUUGCAGUCUUAUU